UUAGAGUUAAGAAGUUAUACUAGUAGAAAUUCGUGAAUGCAUGUCAUCUGAUUGGAGACGGGGUCAGUGAGGUAACGACGGCGAUGGCUGUGACACGUACAUGGAAUGUCCAGACUGCCCAGUGCUCAGCGGCCCUCCUGGAGGCUGACUGACAUUCAAGCUUCAAGUUGGACUGACUGGCCGCGGCAUUGCUGACAAUGACAGCUUAAUAAGCGAGUAAAGCCUUUCGACCAAUCAAGUGCUUAGUCAGGUUCUUAGCCAAGUUCAUCAUGAGCACCGACGAAACGACAACGGUAGUGGCAAAACCAAAGCCAGUAAAAAAGCUCAAGCCUGCGCGGAAGCAAGUGAAGGCGGGAGAUGUGGAGAGAAAGGAGACACCCCAGACGGGGAAGGAAUACAGUAAGUGUCAAUGAUGUUUGGGCACCAAGGACUCUGUACGAGCGCAAUUGCAUUUGCAGAUAUCUGGUACAACAAAUGGGCUGGGGGUGACCGGGAAGAUAACUACUCCAACAAAGUAAAAUCGCAAACUCGGUGUAACAUCAAGAAGGACUCAGGCCUGACUCGAGCGAACACGACUGGUAUUCGUUAUUGUUGUCUGUUCUUUGCUCGUGGGUGCUGCCCGUAUGGAUGGGAGUGCGACUACCUUCACACUCUUCCCGACCCUGAUAACGCAUUACCUGAUUCGAGUAAAGAUUGUUUUGCUCGAGACAAGUUCUCGGACUACAGAGACGACAUGGGUGGUGUUGGUAGUUUCAACCGACAAAAUCGAACGCUGUACGUCGGUCGAAUCAAGGAGACCGGGCCAGGUCCAGAGACAGAAGAUAUUGUCACAAGACACUUCAAAGAGUGGGGCGAAAUUGAACGCAUUCGCGUGCUACAGUAUCGCAGUGUCGCGUUCGUGACUUAUGUCUCGGAGUUCGGCGCACAGUUUGCAAAAGAGGCCAUGGCGUGUCAAUCCCUUGACAACGAUGAAAUCUUGAACGUUCGAUGGGCCACCGAGGAUCCCAAUCCGGUGCAGAAGGUGGCGGAAAAGCGGCGACUGGAGGAGAUCGGACAGGAAGCUAUCAAGGCGCGGAUGGACCCUCGUAUUGUUGACGCCAUGCGGGCCGUCCGUGCAUUGGAGGAUGGAGAUAUACUGGAUGACGCAGGAGAAGUAGUAGAAGACCCAGAACCUGGCGAGACUGGCGACCCAGAGCCAAAACGGCGGCGAAUUGAACUGCCACCGCCACAAGAAGCGACGUCAGAACCACCACCUCAGCCCCUUGGUCUGCUGUCUGCCGAUACAAUGGAAGGUCUCAAGUAUUUCGCCGAAAUAAGGAAGCGGAACGGUGUCUCGCUAGCUGUUGUAAGUCAAAAGAUAAUGCCUCCGAAACCAUUGAUUUCAGGGCUGGGAGUGGCGGACUACGGGAGUGACGAGGAAGAUUGAGAGUUCAGUUUUCGCUUGUACCAAUCGGUAACUAGACUGAUUCCCGGAC